AUGGGGGGAAGGCCUAAAUGUUAUCUGGACAUAACCAUUGGAGGAGAGCUGGAGGGGAGAAUGGUGGUGGAACUGUAUAAUGAUGUAGUCCCCAAAACCGCUGAGAAUUUCAGGGCUCUGUGUACUGGAGAGAAGGGCAUUGGGCCUAAUACUGGCGUCCCUCUCCAUUACAAGAAACAAGACUAUAAGAUGGCCCUCAGGAAGUACCUGAAGGCUUUGCGCUAUUUGGAUGUAUGCUGGGAAAAGGAAGGGAUUGAUGAAGAUAAGAGUGUUUAUUUGAGAAAGAUGAAGUCACAGAUAUUUACCAACAAUUCUGCUUGUAAACUGAAACUGGGAGAUUUGAAGGGAGCACUCUUUGACACAGAAUUCGCUCUUCGUGAUGGUGAAAACAAUGCUAAGGCCUUGUUUCGCCAGGGGCAGGCAUACAUGGCUCUCAACGAUAUAGAUGCUGCAGUAGAGAGUUUAAAGAAGGCAUUGGAUUUGGAGCCAAAUGAUGGAGCAAUAAAAAAGGAGUUUACUGCUGCAAAGAAGAAGAUUGCUGACAGACGUAACCAGGAGAGAAAAGCCUUUGCUAAGAUGGUGCCGUGCCUCAAAUGGACAAACUGCUUUGAUUUUUUUGCACCGAUUAUUCUAGGUAGAGUCGGUUCAGGCCUUUUUUUGUCUAAGUGCUCUAAUUACCGGAUUGGGUCUGAGGUUAGAGGCAAAAGAGAUCAUCACAUGUUGGCAGAUACAUGGUUCUCAAGAAGCAAGAUGUCAGAUCAAAACCAGAUCCUUUUUGGAAAAGAUAGUCACAAAUGUACAUUGGUUGUGCCUGGACCAUAUAGAACUAGAGUAUCUUAUAAAGCAAAGUACCAUUAUUGA